UGUAUGGCAUCAAUUGAAUAGCUUUCUAAGGUAGAGGAUCCAUAACAAAUACUAUAAGAGGAUUCUUCAACUCCAUCUCAUGAAUCCGACUCUUCAGACUCUUCGUAUGAUUUUGCUUAGGACUUAAACCAAAAGCCCUCAUCCAAGAGAUCUCCAGAAGAAGAGAAAGAGCUUCUAUAUAAAUAUAGAGGUAUGUUUUAAAAAAAUCAAUCAUUAGGAAAACAUGGGCUAAAGUAUGCCAAAAUAUCAAAUGAAUAACGAUAGAAGUUGAUAAAAUAAGUAACAACUACAGGGUGUACUAUAAAAAGUGCAGCUAAAGAAUUAAAUAUCAAUUUUUCAACUGCUAAAGCAAUUAUGUAGAUAUAUAGAAAAGAAGGAAGGACAUCAAAGAAAAUAAAGAGAGAGAAUAAGAAAACACUAACCUCUAAGCAAGAAAUUCUCAACCAAAGUAAUUACAAAUAUUUAAAUUUUUAGCCACUUCUGAUAAACCAAAUUAUGGUGAAUAAAGACAGACAAAAGUUGAUGUAGUCUAAGAUAAUUUAGAAACAAAUCUUUAUCAACAAGCAGAAGAGACUAAUAGGAAUUAGGCUCUAUUAAUUUAAUAAUUGAAUACGUAGGUAAAUAAACUCAAAUUAAUAUAUAUUAGAAUAUGUUAUUAUAAGGCAGAGUAUAGUAAUUGCAAUAGGAAAAAUAAUAAUUGACUCAAAAUUACUCCUAUUUAACAUAUUAAUAUAACCAAUUAUAAUAAAUGGUAUAUAAAUUUAAAAUAUCAUUCAUAGAUGUCAUAAAUGGUGCCUUCGUAUUAUCGACCUUAUCCUUGA